GAUAAUGGACAUGAAUUGUUUUAAACAUUUUCUUUGUUAUUGCCAUCUCUUGUCUUUGGUGAAUAAUGAGGCACUUUGGCAUCUUUACAUUAACAUAUUUUUUUUUUAUCUUUUUUGAGUUACAUUAGUUAUUUAUUUUUGUACGUAUUUUUUUAUAAAAAAUUUAAAAAUAUAUUUAUUUAGAUUAUCUCAAACAUUCUCUAAUAUUACUAGGAAAAUGAAGAUGAAAGGGCCCACGUAGUUUCCUCGAACCCCUCGAUCAGCCACUACCCUCAUCCCAUGUGUUCACUGUAUUUGUGAAGUCUUUAUCAAACGGAAGACGAGUAUGAUUAGUCAAUUUCACAUUGUUUGUGAGGCCGUUACAUUGAUUUAAUUAAUGGAAGACUCUCGUUAGUCAAUCUCACAUUAUUUAUGGAACCACUCCAUUGAUUCAAUUAAAAAAAGAAUGUAUUUUGUUGACAUUGUGUGAAUAAAUUUAUAUUCACACGGGAAGGCAUGUAAACGAUGUAUAUGAGUAAGUUCCUAACAAAGGCAAUUGUUUUUCCAAAGUAUUCGGCCAAGUUGUCUACUUUCACAAUUAAUUAUUGUAUUAUGAAACCUUUCUUUUCUUGAUACAUCACCUCUCUGGUCAUUCUCAUCACUUUUUUUUGCAAGGCAUCUGCAAUUUUUAGAGCUUACCUUUGAAUUGAAUUCAGAUAUCUAGCUAGCAGGUGACCGUGACUGCCUCAUUUCUUCCUUUCGUGCUUCAGAAUCUCAACUCCUUGAUCCAAAAGGAAGUGGGCUUGAUUUGUGGGGUUGAAAAGGAGAUGAAAAAGCUUUCAAGCACUCUCUCCACGAUCCAGGCUGUCCUCGACGAUGCUGACCAAAAGCAACACCAAAACAAAGCAAUACAGGAUUGGUUGAGAAAGCUCAGUGAUGCAGCCUACGAGGUUGACGACAUCUUGGAUGAGUGCUCAACUGAAGCUCUCCGAUGGAGAUCUAAUGACCAGAAUUCUGUUUCUCUGAGGAAGGUAAGCACUUCUUUGUUCACUUGUUAUCCUGUUGAGAACAUCGUGUUCCGUCACAAGAUAGGGAAUAAGAUAAAAGAUGUCAUGGAGAACUUAAAUGCAAUUGUCGAAGAGCGAAAGAAUUUUCAUUUAACUGAGGUGGUUGUAGAGCAGCGAGUUGAAUUUGCUGAAAUACACGAAACCUGCUCUGCUUUAACUCAACCACAGCUUUAUGGAAGAGAAGAAGAUAAAGAAAAGAUUGUCCAAAUCUUGGUUGAGCAAGUAUGCGAUCGCCAAGAUGUUUCUGUCUACCCUAUGGUUGGUAUGGGGGGGGCUUGGCAAGACAACACUUGCCCAAAUGGCCUUCAACGAUGAGAGGGUAAAACGGCAUUUUGAGCUUAAAAUUUGGGUUUAUGUUUCUCAGGAUUUCAAUGUGAAAAGUGUGAUAAAAACAAUAAUAGGAUCCAUAUCUGGGAAAGCAUGUGAAACCUCAGACCUAGAUUCUCUGCAGAAAAACCUUCGCGAGAUGUUGGAUGGAAAAAGAUAUUUGCUUGUAUCAGAUGAUGCGUGGGACGAAGAUCAAGAGAAGUGGGAUGGGUUGAAAUAUUUACUAGCAUGUGGAUCAAAAGGCACUUCCAUUAUCGUCACUACUCAUCUUGAAAAGGUUGCAUCAAUCAUGGGAACUAUCCCACCCCAUCACUUGCCAUGUUUAUCUGAAGAUGAUUGUUGGAUGUUGUUCAGGCAACGAGCAUUUGGACACAGGAAUGAAGAGCAUCCAAACCUUGUGGCCAUUGGGAAGGAGAUAGUGAAGAAGUGUGGGGGUGUGCCUUUGGCUGCAAAGGCCCUUAGAGGGCUAAUGCGCUUCAAAAGUGAGGAAAAAGAAUGGCUUUCUGUUAAGGAAAGUGAAAUUUGGAACUUGCACCACAAGGAAAAUACCAUAUUGCCUGCCUUGAGAUUAAGUUACUACAAUCCUCCAUUGGAAUUGAGACAAUGUUUUGCUUAUUGUGCCAUUUUUCUAAAGGGCUCUAGAAUUGAAAAGGAAAAUUUAAUUGAUCUUUCGAUGGCUAAUGGCUUUAUUUCGUCCAAUGGACAAUUGGAGUUGGAAGAUAUUGGAAACGUUAUAUGGAAUGAGUUACACUGGAGAUCUUUCUUUCAAGAUUUGAACAAAGAUCAAGUUAACACCAUUACUUGCAAAAUGCAUGAUCUUAUGCAUGACCUUGCCCAAUCUGUUACGGAACAUGAAUGUCAUGUGAUGGAGGAUAAAAGCUCAAGUAAUAUAUCAAAGCAAAGAAUUCAUCAUAUUACAUUGGUUAGUGAGUCGAUGAAGACAGGUGUUUUUCCUGAAGCAUUGCAUGGAGUUGAAUCCUUACGAACAAUUUUUCAACAAUGCAGACAUCCAAUUCUAAACAUGAGAUGUGAUGGUAUUGUACCUUUUUCUUCUGACUUUAAAAAUUUUGGUUCUCUACGAGUGUUCAAUGCAAAUGCCAUUAACAUGGUGCAAUCAUCAUCUUCUAUUGGCAAUUCAAAACAUCUAAGAUACUUGAACCUUUCUUAUACUUCCAUUCUAACACUUCCAAAGUCAAUUUGUAGCCUCCACAAUUUGCAAACUUUAAACCUAAAUCAUUGUUAUGAGCUUCAGAGUCUGCCCAAGAACAUGAAGUACCUAAGGAGCCUCCGAAAUCUUUAUUUGAAUAUUGUUGGAAAAUACAGGACAUGCCUCCAAAGCUUGGGCAGCUAACUCUCCUGAAGAGAUUAAGUCUUUUUGUUGUGGGUAAGAGUAGAGGUUGUCGGGCUGCUGAAUUGCAAUGCUUAGAUCUUGGAGGAGAACUGCAUAUCUUGCACCUUGAGAGAGUGAGAAACCCAACAGAUGCUAAAGAAGCCAAUUUGAUAGGAAAACAGAAUCUUCGCAUCAUCAAGUUGUCGUGGGGAGAUAACAGUGAAUCUGAAUCGCAAGCAAACAUUGAACAAAUACUUGAAGCCCUGGAACCUCACCCAAAUGUUGAAGAGUUGAUCAUUGACAAAUACAGAGGUGCCCACUUCCCACUUUGGAUGGGGGAUUCAAUUCUUACAAAUAUGGUUUCUAUUGCAUUACUUGAUUGUAGAAAAUUGCUAAUACUUCCAGCGUUCGGGCAGUUGGCUUCCUUGCAAAAACUUAUGAUACAUAGAAUGGAUUAUGUGGAGUACAUUGAUAAUGACUUCCCUGGCGAAGGCCGGCUAGAAGAUUCCCGUCUUUGGAAGACCUCAGUAUUGUGGAUUUGCCGAAUUUGAAAGGGUUGUCAAGGGAGGAGGGAAGAGAGCUACUCCCUCGUCAUCGCAAAAUAAGCAUCAAGAAUUGCCCUAAAUUGACCUUGCCUCAUCUUUCAUCACCUGAAAGUUUGUAUGUCUCAAGAUGCAGCAACGUGACGCUAAGUUCAAUCUCAAAUCUUAUUUGUCACACUUCACUUACAGUUUGUCACGACGACAAGGUGAUUUCUUUUCCAGAAGAGAUGUUUCAAAACCUAAAUGCUCUUGAAUCUCUAUACAUUGAAAGGUUUAGCAAAUUGAAAGUGCUGCCUACAAACCUGGAAAGCCUUGUAUCUUUGAAGUCAUUGUGUAUCCAUUCGUGUCAUGGGCUUGAGUCUUUGCCAGAACAUGGGCUACGAAGCUUAAAGUCUCUCCAACAUCUGGAGAUUAAUCGCUGCAAUAAUUUGAGUUCUUUAUCGGAGAGUUUGGGACACCUCACUGCCCUGGAGAAAUUGGAAGUUUAUGGGUGUCCGGAGCUAGUGACUUUGCCAGAGAGCAUUAAACAUCUUAUUUCCCUACGACACCUAAUCAUUAAAGGUACGCCCAAAUACUCCCAACCGUUUGAUGUUCGUUGUGAAAAGUUGAAGACUUUGCCAGAGUCAUUGCAACAUAUCCCCCUACUGCAAUCUCUAUCCAUCUCUCAGUAUCCAGAGUUCACAUCACUGCCUGAAUGGUUAGGAAACCUUACAUCACUUCAAUCAUUGCACAUUGAGUUCUGCUGCAAGAUUUCAUCACUGCCACAUAGCUUUCAAAGCCUAUCCAAACUCCAAAAUUUGGACUUUUUUUUUUGCGGUCCUGAAUUGAAAAGGCGACGUCAAAAGGGAGAGGGGGAAGAUUGGCAUAAGAUAGUACACAUUCCAAAAGUUGAUGUAAAAUAACCAGCUCUUGCAGCAAACAGAAUAGUAAACAUGGAAUCUAUUCUUUGAUCAUGUGGGAGUGAAGUGAGGAAACGGAUAUCAGAUCAAAAUGGAAAGGAAUGUGCAGAAAACAUGUGGACAUUCCAUAUAGAUCAAGCUGCAAGUUCUGAAGUGGCUGUGAGAUGGGCUGUAUUGCUGGUAGAAUGUUUUUGGGCUGAUCAGAGGCUAGUGGGAAGAGUUUUCAGUCAGCUGUUGUAUUCUCUGACUCCACUGUGUCAGUGCACGGCCUCUCGGUGCUACAGAUUUUAUGGCUAGUUUCUAUAGUGCUGAGUUGUCUUUAUUCUUGUGGUUUUGUAGCAAUUGACAUGAUUGAAGUACCUGAAAAUUGUUUGAUUUGCCUUUUAUUUCCUGCUGAAGUAUGAAAUACCAGAAGAGUUGUUCAAUAACUAACCUAUUAUUGCAAUUUUUAAGUGAAAAAACACACACAUUCUGAUAACUUAAAUGCUAGAGCAGUUGACUUUACAAGGGAUGGGUACUGAGAUAAUAUGACGACACAGUAGAAACAUUAUUGCUUUGUUAGCUACAGCAAUUCCAUCUUUGAGGAGGUUGAUUGGAAGGCUUGUCCAGAGCCCUUUAUGUAACACUAUUAUGGGUGAUCACUAGUAUAUCUUAAAAUUCAAAAAUAGAUGAGAUGAGAGUAGAAACUAUGAGAAAAAUUGAGGUCUACUUUUCUGUCAUCCUGAAACCAUUUGUGCAGUCCAUGAUCCUAUUUAUGUCAUACCCUUUAUUCAUCGUUGUUAGAGUGUAUAACUCCGUGGAGGGAAAAGUGCUGCACAAUGUCUUAGUGAUCAUUUUUAUGGACAAAUCAUAAUGGUCAAAAAAAUGCAUGUUCUUACUCAAUUUGAGACUAUUGGAGAAGUCGUGGCUAAAAGUAAUAUUUAGUGACAAAUUUUGGCUUGUCAUAAAACAUUUGUCACUGAAACAGAUUUGCUGUAAUGUGGAGACAUAAACAGUCUGACUCUGCAAAGAUUUGAACCCUUGACCCCAACAGCCAAGCUAAUUCAUCAACUGAGUUUUAAUAAUACCACAUUCGAUAGUGAAUGAAUUAAAGAAAAAAAUUUGUGUGCUCAAUGUGAUCUUUGAAGGACUUCUUGCCCUUUCCCUUUGGUAUCUUCCAUUCUCUUUAGUGUAGUUGUUUUAUUAUAAAAGAACCAAUGAGUUGAGUUCUUACUAAAACACGCUGCCAACACUUCGCAGUAGUUAUUGGGGCAUUUUCUAUUACUUCAUUGAGUUGCUUUAUUCUUUGUUGGUUUGAUUUGUCUUUCUUUGUCUUCUCAGAAAAGACUCCUUUGUCCAUCUAUAUUACUUGGUUAAGAUCAAGCCACUAGCUAACUUAAAAUGCCAAUUGCUUGUUUCUUCUUUGCUUUAUUGGAUUCAUGUCUUACUCGUAUCUUGAAGACUUUAAAAAUUUUGAUGAUCCCAGAGAUGCUUCUCGCGCAUUUGUCUCAGGGAAUUUUACAGGAGAUGGACUCACUGACUCAAUGCAUGGUUUGUCCAGCACUGAGGUGAAGAGUGUCGUUGACUGGCGAGAUUUUUACUUCAAAACGUACAUAUUUGUUGGCAAGCUAGUGGGUCGUUACUAUGAUAGCGAAGGGAAUCCCACAGAAUAUUUGAAAGGGGUUGAAGCAAACGCUGCUAGAGGUGCACAACUGAUGGAGAAACAGAAAAAUGAAGAAGCUAAACUACCUAGCUGCAAUUCAAGGUGGAGUCAGGACACGGGUUCAGAGGUUUGGUGCCAUAAUGGUUAUCCAAGGUUAAUUCAAAAACCACUAGAAAUGGCUAUAACUGGGAAAGUGAGCAAGCGCUGUGCUUGCUUCAUUGAAGAGGAACUAAACCAGCCCGGAUUGGAAGUCUACAGUGGAUGUGAUCAUUUUGCAAAGCUCUGUCGACUUUAGGCAGUGCGAAAUUGUUUUUCGUAAAUAAUUAGUUGAUUUCAUGAAGGGAAAGGGAGAGUUAAGUAAUACACAAGUAGAAGAAUAUGA